AUGCCUUUCACUCUUGCAACGGACCCUUCCUGGGACCUCUUCCAUGCCAGGCACUGGCUAAGUAUUGGGAUGAAGACGACGUGGUCCCUGCCUUUGGGCAGCUCACACUAUGAGGGCACCGGGCUCUGUGUGUGCGCGCAGCGCGGCGCCGUCUGCGGCUCCGACGGCCGCUCCUACCCCAGCAUCUGCGCGCUGCGCCUGCGCGUCCGGCACGCGCCCCGCCCGCACCCUGGCCACCUGCACAAGGCGCGCGAUGGCCCCUGCGAAUUUGCUCCUCUGGUCGUCACGCCACCCCGGAGUGUUCACAACGUCCCCGGGACCCAGGUGAACCUGUCCUGUGAGGUGAGGGCUGUGCCCACCCCUGUCGUCACGUGGAGGAAGGUCACACAGUCUCCUGAGGGUACCCAGGUGCUGGAGGACCUGCCUGGGGACCACGUCAAUAUCGCUGUCCAGGUGCAAGGGGGCCCUUCUGACCACGAGGCCACAGCCUGGGUUUUGGUGGGUAUCUCAUUUGUUUAGGAUUAGUGGCUGUUAUUGACUGGCCGUUACAAAGCACCCUUUAUAUUUCUAUAGCACAUUACCCAUUUCAAAGCUGUUCUUAUCCCUUUUUGGUUGGACCCUACACUAACUGUGAGGGAAGUUUAACCCCCGAGAGCAUAAGUGAUCCUCAGUGGUGGUCAGAAUUAUGGCCCCAGAAAGAUGUCCAUGUCCUAAUCCCUGGAAUCUGUGGAUAUGUUAUAUGCGAGAGGGGAUUAAGGUUGCAGAUGGAGCUAAGGGUGCUCAUCAGCUGACUUUAAUAAGGAACUUAUCUUGGAUUAUCUGGGUGGGCCCAGUAUAAUCACAAGAGCCCUUUAAAUGCUGAAGAGGGAGGGAUGGGGUGGCUGGGUGAUAGACA